CCCUAUCAGCAUCUGGCUAGCCGGUGGUCGCCGGCCGAUUGACUCUAAACCCGUUCACCGGCUGUUAUCCAUACUCUAAUGUUCAAACCAUAAUAAACCCCUCGAAGUCGUCAAGAAGAAGAGAGGAUAGCUCUUCUUCUACCUUUCAGGGAACUCUAUCAGGGAUGAACAAGCCCAUGGCGACCAGGGCGGUGAGCAGCCUCUCCAUCGUGCGCUCCGCCGCCUACCCUCCAUUCUGCUUCGUCCUCUCCCGCCAUUUCUUUCGCAUCCGUUUUCCCUCGCCCCGACCAACGUUAAAGUUAUCUCAUUCUCGAACGUUUCCAUCCAAUUCCCUUACCCCACAAUUCCAUGGCGGCCAAUCUACCUCUCAUGCCCAUAGCCUCGUUGACUACGUUAUGGAGGAGCUGAAGGCCAUGCGUUCGAUGAGGCGUGUACGCGCGACCAAGAGAGUGGAGUUGGCGAGCACUGCUGAGGAGUUACUUGAGGUUAAGCCUGCGAAGCGUUCACUUCAGAAAGGCAGUCUGCUUGAAUUUCGGAAAGAUACACAGAAGUUAUUGCUUGCUGUCGCGCAGAAACCUGAUGGGAAGAAGAACUGGAUAGUUUGCGAUCAGAACGGGGUCAUAUCCUCCAUUAAGCCUCAGCAGAUCACCUAUAUUGUUGCUGUAUUUGAAAACUUCGAUCAUAGAGAUAUUCCUGAUUUUAUUCAGAAAGCUCAUAGUCUUUUGGACCCGACUAUUUUGGAGUGUGCCUGGGAGGAACUUUUGGAAAAUAAGAGGUCUGUGACAGCAGAAGAAUUAGCGGAGAUUUUAUAUGGUAGCAGCGAGCCACUUGAAAGCUAUUGUGCUCAUCUUUUGCUGUCAGAAAAUGAUAUUUAUUUUAAUCAAGUUGAGUCAAAAGGAUAUUUAUCUAUUUAUGAACCGCGCCCUACAGUACAGGUGGAAGAACUUAUUCAUAGGAAGAACAUCAAAGAGGCUUCUAGUAAGGAAAUGGAAGAAUUUAUUAAAUUACUCGAGUCAGCGAAGGCUUUACCUCCUUGCUCUAAACCUUCUAAAUGUUCAUGGCUGAAGGAAGAGAAGUACAGAGAAUGGAUCACAUCUCUUGAAGCUUAUGCUAUCGAUGCUUGCAAAAAUGACGAACAAAAGAAAACUGCUGGAAAUAUUCUCAAGGGAAUGGGAUUAUCAAAAACUUCAUCUACCGCGGUUGAUCUUCUUAUCGAUAUUGGCUAUUUUCCAGUUCAUGUUAAUCUUGAUCUGUUGAAGUAUAACAUCGAUACUGAACAAAGUGAGGUAGUAUUAUUGGCUGUUGAAAAUCUUUUAUCAACUUCUACCGACAUUGAUGAGGGUAUCAGAAAAGAUCUAUCAUCCUUGAAAGUGUAUGCCAUUGAUGUUGAUGAAGCUGAUGAGCUUGAUGAUGCAUUGAGCGCUAUGAAAUUACCAGAUGGUAAGAUCAAGAUCUGGAUACAUGUUGCAGAUCCUGCUUGUUUAGUUGAGCCUCGGAGCGUAAUUGACAGGGAGGCAAUGAGAAAAGGAACCUCUAUUUUUUUGCCCACUGCUACCUUUCCAAUGUUCCCUGAAAAACUUGCUAUGGAUGGUAUGAGUUUGCAGCAAGGAAAGCUCUGCAAGGCUGUUAGUGUGUCUGUAACUCUCCAUCAAGAUGGAAGUAUUGCAGACUACACAAUAUAUAACUCCAUCAUAAGGCCAACCUACAUGUUGACCUAUGAGAGCGCAUCAGAGUUGCUUCACUUAGGUUUGGAAGAGGAGGCUGAACUGCGAAUUUUAUCUGAGGCAGCUUCUCUUCGUUUACAAUGGCGUCGUAACCAGGAAAAUCAUCUAUAAAUUAGAUGAAACCCAAUCAUUACGUGUACAGGCGUCGAGGAACGCAAG